AUGGAAAGUAGAUUAGAAGAUGAAGAUAAUAAUGUCUUGUUACUUCGUGAAGAAAUACGUAAGAAAUCACAAGAACUGAAACAUAUGCAGGAUGAAUUUGAUCAAUAUACACAGUCCAGUCAUGAACUAGAACAGGAACUAGAGCAAGAGCUUUCACGCAUGGAGAAACGAAAUAUUCAUUUGAUGAAUAAAAAUCAGUAUUUAGAACGGGAUUUACACCUUGCACGCAGUAAAUUGGAGGAAGCGUUGGACCAAACACACAAAUAUGAAGCAGAAUUACAAGCAACACGUAUUGAGCUUCAGACGGCUAUACAAGCUCGACGCAAGUUAGAGCAACAGGCUGAUGACUUGGAAACGCAAGUGCGUGUGCUUCAGGCUACUGAGUCGGAUCUGAGACACAAAAUGGAGCGAGAAUUGGAAGAAAAGGUGUUUUUACUAAGUGAUAAAGAAGAGCUAGAACACGAGCACGAAAUGGCCACGGAGCGCUUCCGAACGGAGAUAAUGGACCUCAAGUCGGAGUUAUUUGCUCUUCAGCAAAAAUAUGAGGAUACUACGACGGCGUCAGAAUCCCGUGGAUCGUUUUCAGGAAACGAUAGCAUGGCCACGACGCGUAGUCAGUCGGAAGAUGAUGACGAUGGAUACGACUCGAGCUACAACGAAAAGUCAGUGCGGCAUACAACGGUGCAUGAACGUGAUGAAAUCAGUCGUGAAGCACUGAUUGAGUCGCUGAAAGAGGAGAUUGAGGCUCUAUCGUCUAGUUUGCAGGAUGAGACGGAAACUCGCAUUGCGGUUGAAGCUCAGGUGCAGCAACUUCAUGAAAGUCUUGCCCAUAUGGAAGCCAUGGAGGCGGAAAUGACGGACAUGACAGACGAAUUGAUUGCAAAGUCUCAAGAAAUGCGUGGUCGCGACGAACAAAUUGAAGCGUUGCGGGAGUCGUUGUUGAAGCUUCAAUCUGAAAUGGCGACGCUCAAUGAUGGGGGCAUUGAGUUUGCAGAUGAGCGUGAAAACAUGCGGACUGAGCUAGAAAGUAAGGACAAGGAAAUCAACAGUAUUAAGGAAGAGCUGGACACCGUCAAGUUGCAGUAUGAUGACCUGGCUGAGAGUGAACGCCAACUAAAAUCUCGUCUUGCACAAGAAAGCGAAACUGUAGAUGAGUUAAAGGAACAGAUAGCGACUUAUACAAGAAGCCUGGAGGAAAGCAAGCAAGAGCGGAACGAGCUCGAGAGAAAGUUGCAGUUUGAUAAGGGUGAAUUAUCGCAGAAUCGCAGGGAAGUAGAAGAACUGAAAAGCCUGAUUUCAGAUCUUCAGAAACAGCUUGAUGACGCAAAUAAGAAGAUAUCGGAGUUAAAGCGUGCGUCAACCGUUUCUGGUGCGGCAUCUGUCUCGGAUGUGACCGAAUCAAGACGACUGAUGGUAGAAAUUCAAACGAUGCGCGUGUCUUUAAAUUCUUUAUCCGCAGAGAAUGCGCGACUAAGAAGUCAAGAGGGAAUGCCUGCGAGUAUGGUUCCUGCGAAGCGGGUAUCAGCUGACGUGCUGCAAGUAAACUUUACGCCCGAGCAGCUUGCGCGAAAGUAUCUUGCGGAACGAACCCGCAAUGCUUCGCUACUUUCACGUCUGCAGACUGUAUGUGGUAACAUCCAAGUGUUCUGUCGUGUACGGCCGAUCAUUAAUGAAGAGCUGGAGAGAUCUUGGGGUUCGAAGUUGGCAGUCAACGUCGUAAAUCAGUCAGAUUUGGCUGCCAUGGAUUUUCGGUCUGAUCGUUUGAUGCCUAGCGACUCAAAUGGGAAGACAACCAGCAACGAAAACAUGGAAACCUUAGCAAACAACAGCUCAUGGAAAGUGUUUACGUUUGAUCGAAUUCUGGGUCCUGAAGAGACACAAAAUGAUGUUUUCCGUGAAGUGGAGCCGAUUGCGCAGUCAGUUGUCGACGGGUUCAAGGCAUGCAUUUUUGCGUACGGGCAAACUGGCUCGGGUAAAACGUAUACUAUGGAAGGUACGCCUAGUGAUCCUGGUCUAAACUAUAAGGUCAUUAGUCACGUUUUUCAGUCAAUCCAGUUACGUGGGGCGAUUUAUGCUCCCAAUUCUGACACUUCUGAGAAUCAAGACGAUGAGAUGAACGGUUUGCACAAUGCAGCCGAAUCAUCAGUCUAUCACGUUCAAGUGGGCGUGUUGGAAAUCUACAAUGACUCAGUGCGUGACUUGAUUAACACGACAAACAAGGCACUGGAAAUUUGUCACGAUUCGGCAACUGGAGAUAUAUGUGUUCCUGAUCUGACUAUGUCGACUGUCUCUUCUCCUCAGCAAACAAUAGAUGUAUUACGGAUUGCGCAAACGAACCGUGUCACAGGUAAAACAAAUUCAAAUAUGCACAGUAGUCGAUCGCACAGUAUUGUAAUUGUGCAAAUCUCGAAGCGGCGGCUGGAACAUGAUGAUGCUGAUAAAGACUUCGCUGACUUGGAUGUCGAAGAUGAAGCAUGUGGAAAGCUGUAUCUUGUGGAUCUAGCCGGCUCGGAGCGAGUCAAGAAAAGCAAUGUGAGCGGAGAUAUGCUCCGGGAGGCUGCCCAUAUUAACAAGUCUUUGUCAGCCUUAGCUGAUGUCAUGGAGGCUUUGGAUAAGAAGAUGGCUCACAUUCCGUACCGCAACUCGAAGCUGACGCAUUUGCUGCAGGAUGUAUUAAACUCAUCGUGCAAGACAGUGAUGAUUGUUAACGUCGGUCCGACCAUUGAGAAUGCUAGCGAGACAUUUCGGUCGCUGCAGCUCGCAGAACGCGUGCGCAAUAUUGUGGUGGGCAGAAAUCAGAUUGUGAAGAACAAGAAGGAUAUUCUGUCAGCCAAGAAGGCAUUUGCAGAGCUCCAGUCGUUAAAACAGCAGAUGCAAAUCUCGAAGAGGAAGUAUAUGCAAUCACAACAGUCUGUUGUUGCUCUGAAACGCGACCAAAAGAAUCUGUCGGAGAAACAGUCUGCUAUGCUGCAGAACCGGCUUAGGGCAUGGGAGACGCAAAACGAGAGCCUGAAAACUCAAAACGAAUCCCUGAAACGACUUGUGGAAGAUGUAAGUAAUCAGCUUAAGGCUGAGCGAGAGACUAAACAACAUGAGGCAGAUCAACGGGAAGCUGCUCAACGCUCGCUUCGACAGCAAAACGCCAAGACGCGCAUUUCUUCAUCGCAGCAAGAGACACAGCAAAAACUGCUGCAUGAGCGCGAAGAUGAGAUCAAAAAACUACGACAAUUGUUAACAGAAGCCAGGCGACGAAGCACGUCGUCACUCAUUCCGCGGUUGCCGAUGUCGUCGCCACCGAUGAAGAAGUCGAAAAGUACCCGGUCUGCAAGCUCUUCCGGUACCCAGCAUGAUACCGAUAGCGUAUGCGCACACGUGCCUGGUGCUAGUUGCGUCACAAAAACGCACACGGUUGCUCGCAGGUCAGCAGGAUCACGUUUGACGCCUAGCAACACAUCAAGCAAUGAUACCAGCACAAAUGAGACUCCGCUAAUUAGCAAACGCACAAGUUCUCUGGGCUUUAAAUCAAUGCGGACAAUUUCCAAGACAAAUCAGGAGCGCAAGAGCAUUGUGAUCGAUCGUAGAUCACCGUCGGCCUUCAGUCGCAUCGCAGUUCGUCAAAGCGGCGCACCAUGUGUACUUUUGAAUCGUAUUGCAAAGACUUCGCCACCUACUCUCGGAAUUGUCAUACGCAUCUACGUAAGACAAAUACGUCAAUGUGAAUGGAGUCUCUGGUCAGCUCAUUAA